AUGCCAGGGAAGCUCGUAUCAUCAUGGCCUGACUGGCCUGAAUUCACGGCCAGCAAGGCGGAAACUGGCGACGAUCUGAUCGCCUUCAAGAAGGCCAUCGUGGACCAGUAUGGGCAAGAAGCUCUCGUCAAGAGCUGGCUCAAGGUGUGCAAGGAGUUGGAAUCGGUGACGGACAACAUUGCCGAGCUGGGCUCAUCGGUCAUUCCAGAGGUUUCGUUCGACGAUGUAUUCACCAUGUCUGCAGAGAAGAAGGAAGAGCUCAAGAAUGUCGGAUGUUUUGUCGUUCGAGGUGUGUUCAGCGAAGAGCAGGCGGAUGAGUGGUUCUCGAACCUGAAGGAGUACGUCGCGGCGAACAGGGCGUCUAUCGGAGGUUGGCCGGCCGAAACCCCAUUCAUCCUCAACCUUUACUUUUCGCCGUCUCAGAUUGCGGCACGGUCACACCCCAACCAGCUCAAGUUGUCGGCAGAGUUGAAUUCAUGGUGGCACGACGACGAGGGCACGACGACGCCAGAACCAUUGUCGUAUGCCGACGGCGUGCGAAUCCGCCCUCCUGGGGUACCCUUCCUCGGCUUGGGCCCGCACAUCGACGCAGGCAGUCUCUCCCGCUGGGCCGAUCCCAUGUACCGGUCAUUCUACGACGCCGUCUUCUCCGGCCGUCCCGAGGAGUUGGACUCGUACGACCUCACGACGCGCAAGAAGGCGAACCAGGCCAUGUUCCCCGGCAGCGCGCAUUCGCGUGUGUUUCGCAGCUUCCAGGGCUGGACGGCCCUCACGUCCGCAGGACCCGGCGAAGGCAGCCUCAUGCUCUACCCGAACAUCAAGUGGGCCAUGUCGUAUCUGUUAUUGCGGCCGUUCUUCCAGGCCCCGGCCGACGAAGCGGACGUCAUGGACGCGUCGAAAUGGACGUUCGACGCCGACAGGUCUUGGUUCCCAGGCACCUUCAAGGACGAUAGUCAGCUCCUGAGUCCGUCAUCGCACCCCCAUCUGCGUCUGCGCGAGUGCAUGGUCGGCAUCCCUCGAAUGGCGCCCGGUGACACCGUCUGGUGGCACGCGGACAUGUGCCAUGCCGUUGAAGUGGACCACAACGGCGACCACGAGGCGAGUGUCGCUUACAUCGCCGCGACGCCCAGGACGGAGCAGAACAUGAGUUACAUCAAGGGACAAUUGCAGGACAUGUUGAACGGCAUCCCGCCCGAGGAUUUCAGGAACGGCUCGGCGGAGAAAGACUUCAAAAUGUUUACCGGCGAGAAGAGCAACUUGGGUGGCGAGGCCGGGAGGAGAGCUAUGGGGUUUGAUUUGAUUGAAGUGUGA